GUUACGUAGUCGUCACUAUAAAAAACCAACACCAACUCCGAUAGACUGCACUUACCAAACUGAAAGUCUGAAGAAUUCCUCUGAAGAGUUCUCUCCAUCUCCAGACAAACACCUGAGGUAUUCGAAUCAUUGAAGCAAAGCUCUCACCUUUAAGAGAAUCUUGGUUCUAUAGCAAGAGCAAUUUGUGUUGAUUGAGCUUCUAUAUUCAUUAGAGACAAGGUUACCUCUCGUUUCAUGAAGAUUCCAAAGCGAUAACUCGUGAACUAUGAACAAAUGUGUGAUUUAGCAUACGUCACUACAUUCCCCAGCUAAAUCAAUCAAUAGUUCGAUGCAAACAUCGCAGGAACAUCAAAGUUCUAGCGGUUUUCAUGGGUUUUACCACCAGACUAUGCAGCAAGUCGAACCAUACUGCUUCCCUUCUUUCCAAAUUUUGCACAACAAUUUGUGUUCUGAUAAUGACAAGCAAGCAACCCAAGUUUCCUUCCAAUCUUGCAAUGAACCACACUUUACUCUGGAAUCUUCUCCAGCAUCUGGUUAUGUAGUUUAUGAUUCCCCUUCUGCUAUGAGCUUCUCAUCUAACAGGACUCCCAUUUCGCCACUUGGUUCUCAGUCAUACCUGUCGGACCCGCAUCAUUCGUCUGACAAUGCUUAUGGAUCCCCGUUUAGCGGGUCUUCCAUUGUUGAUGAUGGUAAUGAAUUGAGGCAAAUACUGAGCGUUUUGGAGACACAAUUGCUUGGGCCUGAAUCUGAUAUUGAUGACAGCUGCAGUUGCUCCUUCAAUGGGGCGGCCCACGAAGCAUAUUCCUCAACAAAUUCGAAUCAAAUGAUGGAAAUGAUCCCAAGCUUAGACUUGAAGCAAGUGCUUAAUGCUUGUGCUGCAGCAGUAUCAGAUGAAGAUCUAUCAACCGCGACUCGACUGAUGGAUGUUUUAGAACCGAUGGUUUCAGUCUCUGGGGAACCAAUCCAACGGUUGGGAGCGUACAUGUUGGAAGGGCUUCGAGCAAGGUUGUUAUCCUCGGGGAGUUUAAUCUACAAAAGUCUGAAGUGUAAAGAACCGACUAGCAAAGAGCUAAUGUCGUACAUGCACAUCCUCUAUCAAAUCUGCCCUUACUACAAAUUUGCCUACAAUUCAGCCAAUGUUUCUAUCUGGGACGCCAUGGAAAAUGAACGCGUAAUCCACAUAAUUGAUUUUCAGAUUGCACAGGGCAGCCAGUGGGUGUCCCUCAUGGAGGUUCUUGCGAAGCGGCCAGGUGGGCCCCCAUAUAUCCGCAUCACAGGUGUUGAUGAUUCCCAGUCAGCUCAUGCUCGAGGUGCAGGACUUGAACUUGUGGGCCAAAGGCUCUCAAAAUUUGCUGCAUCGUGUGGAGUACCAUUUGAAUUUCACGGCGCUGCUAUGUCCGGAUGCGAGGUUGAACUUGAAAAUCUCGGAGUUCGAUACGGAGAAGCGUUGGCCGUGAAUUUUCCUUACAUGUUGCACCACAUGCCGGAUGAGAGUGUUAGCACUAGAAAUCAUAGAGACCGGUUGUUAAGGCUGGUUAAGAGAUUGUCACCGAAGGUUGUGGUCCUUGUUGAGCAAGAAUCAAAUACCAACACUACCUCGUUCUUUCCAAGGUUCCAAGAGACCAUGGACUAUUAUUCAGCUAUGUUUGAGUCAAUUGACGCUGCUCGCCCAAGGGAUGACAAGCAGCGGAUCAGUGCGGAGGAGCACUGUGUGGCUCGGGAUAUUGUCAACAUUGUAGCGUGCGAGGGGGCUGACAGAGUGGAAAGGCACGAACUUUUUGGGAAGUGGAAGGCAAGACUUAUGAUGGCUGGUUUUACACCAUGCCCAUUGAGUUCCUCGGUGAGCAUUGCGGUUAUCGAUGUUUUGAAAGACUAUAGCAAGAAUUACAGAAUUGAAGAGAGGGAUGGGGCUGUUCAACUUUUCUGGAAGAACAGGGUUUUGGCAACCUCAUCCGCAUGGAGGUGAAAACUAAAAACCUAUUACGAUUGCUGCUUAAAUUCUGCAGUUUUGUUAGGAGCUUAGUAGAAUUUCACAUGUGAUAUUCCUCGCACUUGGGCAUUCUCGAAAUUGUGUAAAUUUUGUCACAUUGUCGGUACUUUUAAUUUUUUUUUUUUUUUUUUUUUUUUGGGCUAGUGUGAUAAUACUGCUGUUUGUACUGUUACAGCCUAGAAUAGCUCUCUUCUUGUAGUAAACCUUGUGCUUGGUAGAGAGCUUAGGCUUCAACCUUAAGAAUGUGUUGUUGUACAUGUUUGCCUAGCAAUGAAUUUUGUGAGCUGUGGAUUGUUAUGGAUUUGUUACA